AUGAAACGGGUCCCUGUGGCAUCAACUGUGAACGCCCUGGACCUUGGACAUAGCCUUGUCCCGUUCCAGACCCCAUCAACUGCCGCGGUGCAUGUUGUUGCUGCUGCUGUGGGUGUUGCGGCUGCAGCUGUUGGAGAUGUUGCUGCAGUGACUCCUGCUGCUGCUGCAGUUGUGGCAUCUGCAGCUGGAGCUGCUGCAUCUGCUGCUGUCGUUGGGGCAUCAUCUGCAUCUGUUGGUGCUGGGGCUGCAACUGUUGAGGUCUCUGCCGCUGCUGCAUCUGGGGAAGCUGUGUUGCUGCGCAUCUGUGGAUGUGUAUCGUGA